CGCACUUCUUGUUGGUGACUGCACAUGGGUGUGGACUCGGAUGUAUCGUGAGGUUUAUCCCCUACAUCCUGGCAUUGGGUCAGUCUGUGGGUUUGUAUGGGUCAGUCUGUGUAAGUGUUUGAGCUCCAAGAUAGAUACCUCUCAUCUCGUGACCCUGUACCCGAUGGAUAGGCAUGCUUCUCAACCACCACAGAUGUGAUUGUGCCACCCCCUCCCUGCAAGGUCUGGACAUGAGUGUUAAAUCCGAGAAAUCAAGCACAAUGAGAAAUGAUGACAGACCAGUCCAGACAGAGACACACAAAGAGGAUUAUCCCAAAGCACAAAAACAGCUGCAGCAGAUUGAACGGCAGCUGAAAUGUUUAGCUUUUCAAAACCCUGGACCUCAGGUAGCAGAUUUCAACCCAGAGACUAGAAUCCAGAAGAAGAAAGCUUACCUGUCCCAGAUGAAUGGAUAUUACUCUACAAACAAGGUUUCUUUGAAGAAGUAUGACAAGAAAGGCAAACUCCUUUGCAAUAACAGAGACUUAUGUGACUGCCUGGAAGAAAAAUGCCAAGGAUGCUUCUAUCCCUGUCCCAAAUGUAGCUCUACAAAAUGUGGACCAGAAUGUCGCUGCAACAGGAAAUGGGUGUAUGACCGAAUCCAAACAGAGUCUGGUAAGGUCAUCAGAAAGCUGCCAUUUUAUGUUCCCAACUAAAUGUGGCAGUCACCAGAGAAUGACAUUAUCAUUUGUUUAUUACAGAAUAUGUGUAAAAACUAAUUUGCUUUGUUAGUAUUACUUGAAACAAGUUGCUAAAACAACUGGUUUUAAACGUUGUGAUUUGUUUCCCCCCCUCUCUUUCACUGUUUUAAUUUCCAUACUUGAAAACUCUUUAAAUCAUUGAGUUGAACUGAGAAGUUUACCACAGACUUGUAUGAGCUUUAUCAUAGGCUGAUAGUUAUUUACUCACUCCAAAAAAAAAAACCCACAUGUUUAAGAUUUAGGCAGAAUAUGCUGAUAUUUAAUGGCUUGAAGAUAUCCUGUACAUGGUUUUCCUCUAAACCAAGCCUUGUGGAAUUGCAGCCCUUAUAAUGGACAAAAUGGAAAGUGAACUCAUUUUGGCUAUACUAUCUUAAAAUGUGCAAUUUCCUGGUAAAUCCUCCAUCAGCUCCCUUAUAAGGAAAGAACCUGCUGUUUCUCCAACUAGCAUAAUAUUAUGAUUGAGCAGCCACUACACAUGAUUAAUGGUAGAAUCCAUCUUCAUUUUCUAGUGCUGUACAGCUUAAGCAGAAUUCGAUAAUAGCAAUAAAAUUGGACAUAAGAUCAUAAAAUACUAGUAUAUUUCAGACAUUUAUGCCUUGGGUCAUAUUUACUUUUAAAGUACUUUUUAGAAUAGAAAUGUUGGAUAAUAUAUUAGGUUCCAUGCUAUAAUUCAAAACACAAUUGCAAAUUCAUGUUAAACUCGCCAAACUGUGACUAUAUGUGAUUUGGAGAAUUGUAAAUAGACCCUCUAAUGUGAAUUGUAACC